AUGCUGCUACUGCAAAUCAGCCACUUCUCGAUCGUCCGUAAUCGACCACGGGAAGUGGGAGACAACACUCUGCAAUUAGAGCUGAGCAUUCUAGAAGACCGAAAGACAAGCUACGUGUCAUGCUGUUCAAAUGUGAAUCGUUUGCUUUUGGCUGCAGAGGAAAAUUCAAUUUUCAAAAAUGCGCUGGCAGAAGAGAUAGGAAUUUGGAAAAUUGAAAAAAAAAACGCAAUUGCGGAGAUGACGUUACUCACACAAAAAAGUACUCAGACUGAGCAAGGAAAAACUUCUUUUAGAUGUCACGAAAACCUUUUUCCUAUUGUUCUGAAUAAUUUAGUAACGGAAAUUGCUGCAACGCAGGAUCCGUGCGAUUUUGUUGCGUUCGAGCAAAGUUCAAAGGGCCAAAAGAAAACCAUCUGGUUUGGAUACUCGGACCAAUAG